GACUUACUGUCCCCGUGCCGUGAUGUCAUUCUGGCACGACGGUGUGGUCCAGGCCAGCUGUGGAAAUCCUAGCAGCCUUCCUAAAGGGCCUGAGGGGCGUCUCCUCUGACAGGCAAUCCUGGACAUCAGGCGGUGAACCGAGCCGCCGUCAGCCAAGGUCUCCUGCCCGGGAGACCUUGCACGAAGCCCACGGGGUCCACCGGGUUCACAGCCCACGGGGGUCUCAGGAUGGCGUCCGCGCCUGUGGACGCCGGGCAGCUGUUGUCGAUGAAGUGAGAAUUACUGUAUUGAUCUGGAAAUGGAGGCUCAGAGAUGAAGUGAGGUACCUGAUGUUGCACAGCUCUCGAGUGGUAGUUUCAGGAGCUUGGAUUGAAACUCUAGGAGUCUGACUUCAGAACUGAGGACUUGUGAAGCAUUCAGCAUGGGCAGGAAACUAGCGGGACCAGUGAAGCCCAAGGAUUGCUGUCCUUAACGUUGUUGGUAUCGGUUCCAUUGUUAUUGUCAUUGUUUUGUCGCUCCUGCGAUACCCCGGACAGAACCUCUCCCACAACCCACAGUCGGUGCUCCUCGUUUGUUACUUUCUAAGAGCUUGUUUGUUACUUUCUAAGAGCUCCUGAGUCGGGGGUUGCUGCCCUUCACACUGGCAUAAUUAUGCCCGGUCUUCGUCUUAGCUUUGUUUCCUGUUCCUGGGAUAAGAUACCCUGACAAAGGUGUUGAGGGAAGCAAGGGUUUAUUUGGCUCACAGUCCCGGGUCUGUCACGACAGGGAGGUCAACCGCAGCAGGAGUUUGAGAGAACUGGUUACAGCGUGUUCAUGGUCAGAAAAAGAGAGCCAUAGGUGCACGCACGCGUGUGCGCCUCCCCUUUUCUCCGUUCAUUUGUUCUCGAGGCCGGGUCUCACCAAGUAGCCCCUGGCUGGCCUGGAACUCACAGAGACCCGUCUGUCUCUGCUUCUUGAAGUGCUACGAUUAAAAGGUGUGUGCGGUCACGGCCAGCACUUAUUUUUAUUUAUUGGAAAGUUAUGUUACUCAUUUAUGUAUGUGUGUGUGUAUGUAUAGGGUUUGCAUUUAGAAACGAGGAGACAACUUCUGGGAGUUGGGUUCUUGCCUUUUGCUAUUUAAGGUCCCAGGGGAUAGAUACGUUGUAAAGCUUGGCCUUUUCCUGAUACACAACUCAGUGACUCCACUUCCUCCUUUUAUAUGCAGUCUAGGGCACAAACCCAAGGAAUGGUGUCAAUCACUUUUAGGUUGGGUCUUCCCACCUUAACAUAAUCAAAAUGAUCUCCCACAGACAAGCCCACAGGCCAGCCGGAUCUAGACAGUCCCUCCUUGAGCCUCUCUUCAGGUUGUCGAUGAAAUCUUGCCAUCACAUGCCCCGACAGCACAUCUCUCCCCGUGGAGCCAGGAAACAGCAUGACCUUCAGGAUGUGCUGUGUGGUUUGGGCCUUCAUUUCUUUAUAUACCUUUUGAGCAAUGCACACAUGACAUCUUACCGAGCCUCCCAAGGCCAACACUAAUGCAUUUAGUGACUUUUCAGGUGGCUUUCACCUUUGAGGAUGUGGCUGUAAUUUUUACCCAAGAGGAGUGGGGGCAGCUGGCUCCAGCUCAGAGGACCCUGUACCAGGAGGUGAUGCUGGAAAACCGUGGGCUUCUCGUCUCUCUGGGGUAUCCUGUUCCCAGACCUGAGCUGAUGUGUCGACUGGAGCAUGGGCAGGAGCUGUGGCCAGUGAUGAAAGACCUUUUCCCAAGCAUCCAUGCAGGUAACAAUGGAAAAACCAAGGCCGCCGAACUUACCCCUUGUGAGCCAGCCCUAUCUAAGGGAGUCUCACUCCAGGGCAAGUUGACCAAAGAAGCCUCAGAGGACUGGCAGUCAGUGCAAACUCCUGGUCAGAUUGGUUCUUCAGAAAUGCAGCGAGGACACUUUCAAACAGGGAUAGAGCCUCAGAGCAAGCUGCCUCCUGGGAAAGUCAGCCUUGGACGUGAUAGCUUAGGGACAGCUGAAGACAUGUGUUCAGAGGUUGUACAGAAGCACGUUUCUUCAGAAAGUGCUGUCAGUAAGUGCCCCUCGAAUGAGUCAGAUAAGGACCCUGUAAUUCAGGAGGAGGAAAGAGUCUUUAGAUGUCAUGAUUGUGGCAAAGUAUUCAGCAAAAAGCGCCUCCUUGCUCGCCAUGAGAGGAGUCACUCUGGAGUGAAGCCGUAUGAGUGUAAGGAGUGUGGGAAGGCCUUCAGCAAGAGCACAUACCUUCUUCAGCACCACAUGGUCCACAGUGGGGAGAAGCCCUAUAAGUGCAUGGAGUGUGAGAAGGCCUUCAGCCGCAAAUCCCACCUUACCCAGCACCAGCGGAUCCACAGUGGGGAGAAGCCUUAUAAGUGUGAUAAAUGUGGCAGAGCUUUCACACACCGCUCUACUUUUGUCUUACAUAACAGGAGCCACACGGGAGAGAAACCUUUCGUUUGUAAAGAAUGUGGGAAAGCUUUUCGAGACAGGCCAGGCUUCAUUCGACACUACAUCAUCCACAGUGGGGAGAACCCGUACGAGUGCUUUGAGUGUGGCAAGGUCUUCAAACACAGGUCCUACCUCCUGUGGCACCAACGGGCUCAUACUGGGGAGAAGCCGUACGAGUGCAGUGAGUGUGGGAAAGCAUUUUGUGAGAGUGCAGCCUUGAUCCACCACUAUGUGAUCCACACUGGGGAGAAGCCCUUUGAGUGCCUCGAGUGUGGCAAAGCCUUCAACCACAGGUCGUACCUCAAGAGGCACCAGCGCAUUCACACUGGGGAGAAGCCUUAUGUGUGCAGUGAGUGUGGAAAAGCCUUCACCCACUGCUCCACUUUCAUCUUGCAUAAAAGGGCCCACACUGGAGAAAAACCCUUUGCGUGCAGAGAAUGUGGGAAAGCCUUUAGCAACAGAGCUGACCUCAUUCGACACUUCAGCAUCCACACUGGAGAGAAGCCGUAUGAGUGCAUAGAAUGUGGGAAGGCCUUCAACCGGAGGUCAGGACUCACAAGGCACCAGCGGAUUCAUAGUGGGGAGAAACCUUAUGAAUGUGUUGAGUGUGGGAAAACCUUCUGCUGGAGCACAAACCUCCUCCGACACUCCAUCAUCCACACUGGAGAGAAACCCUAUGAAUGCAGUGAAUGCGGAAAGGCCUUCGGCCGCAGCUCAUCCCUCACUCACCAUCGAAGGAUGCACAGUGAGAGCAACCCUACCAGUGAAGCAGGUGAGGAAAAGCCUUUCACAAAUGGGCAGGCUUCUGUCGACAUCCAAGAACUUCUAUUGGGAAGUGACUUUUUUAAUGUAACCACUGAGGAAAAUCUUUUCCAGGCAGAAACAUCUUGUAUAGCACCUGCUAAUUCAUACCAAAGAGAAACCCUGAAAGUGUCUUCACUGUGAGAAAACUUGUUGCAGAUUGUUGCUUGUCCUGUGAAAACAUAUUAGAAAUUGAGCAUUAUUUUCCACCUGAGAAUGUAGGAGAGACACCCAGGGGUUAUUUUGCAUUCAUGAAAACCUUCCCAGGUGUAUCUCUCCCCUACUUUGCAGUGUAGUGUUAGUUCAGGAAUGUCUGUGAAAAGGGGGUGGCAUAGGGAUGAAAAACUUUAGCACUGCUUUCACGCUGUCCUGCCAAGUCUGUGUCAUUUGCUAAUGGAUUUCUAAUGUGGGUGAGAGUGAAGGAGUGAAGGAUGAUGACCCUUUAUAUGUCUUGUGUUUGUGCAUACAUACAUACAUUUAUUUAUAUAUAUACAGAGAGAGAGAUUAUGAAUAUGUAUGUAUAUUCAUUGCUGUCUAGUAUUAAAAAAUUGAGAACAAAUCUAGAAACUUAUUGUUUCCCUUGUUCCACAUAUUUCUCUAGUAUAACAUUAGUUGUAUGAGAACUAUGAAAGCUUAAGUUAUGAAAUACUUUAAGAAGGUAAGGCAGUGUGUGUGUGUGUGUGUGUGUGUGUAUGUGUAUGUAUGUGUGUGUAUGU